AUGUUCUCCGUAGCGCUGCGCUGCCACGGCAAACGAUGUCGACCGUUUGCCCACUCGACGCUCAGUAAAGCGAUUCCUAGGCCGAUCUUGAUAGCGUCAUCUCCCAUUGCGAAGAUUCAGAAGAGAUAUGCGGCUCAAGCUGGCGCCAGCAACGGCACGUGGCGCCCGGUUUCUGUGUUGGACGAAUGGGUUGCGAAAGAGGCACGCCCCAUCAGCUUGCGCCAGCUGAUGGUAUUUGGACGCUCCCUAACCGAGUCGCGACUUAUAAGCUCUGCAAACUACGUCCGAACCGAACUGCCAGUCAGAAUUGCGCAUCGGAUCCGUGACAUGCAACAGCUCCCUUACGUCGUCGUAACAAACCCACACAUCGAAGAAGUCUACCAGCUCUAUUACAAGGCGUUUGACACCUUUCGCAAGUUUAAAGAAAUCAAAACUUUGGAGGACAAUGAAAAGUUCUGCGAGGUCAUCAGCCAGAACCUCAAAGGCCACCUGACCGUCAUCCCCAAGCUCGCCAUGGGGAUUCUCGAGUGCGGCCGCCUGAUGGACCCCAAAGAGCUGGAUCACUUUAUGAAUGUCAUUCUUCGAUCUCGCAUCUCUCGACGAGUCAUCGCGGAGCAGCACCUCUCCCUUACAGAAACUUUCAACUCCCCCUACUUCUCGCCCGGCGCCACCCUCUCCGAGUCCGACUUCAUAGGCGAAGUCUUCAUCAAGUGCUUCGCCAAGGAUGUCAUCAGCCGCUGCGCAAAGGCCGUCACCCAGCUCGCCCGCUCCACCAACGGGCCCCAGGUGCAGGUGCCCGAGGUGAAAAUCGACGGCCACCUCAACGCCAGCUUCCCCUACAUCCUCAGCCACCUCGAGUACAUCGUCGGCGAGCUCCUGCGCAACUCCGUCCAGGCCGUCAUCGACCGCCACCAGCAGCAGCCCGACCACGCCUCCUCUCCUCCCCCGCCCAUCGAAGUCACAAUCUGCGAAGCGCAGGAGCACGUCAUCAUCCGGAUAUCAGACCGCGGCGGCGGCAUCCCCCGCGACGAGCUGCCGUACCUCUGGUCCUUCAGCAAGGGCCCCCAGAGCCAGAAGCGCCUCGAGAACCUCGGCCAGGUGCCCCGCAUGGCCGCCACCAUGCAGGAGCUCCAUGUCACCGACGAGCUCGGCCGGGCUGACCUCAAGGCGCCCACGUACCUGGGCUCGCUCUCGACUCUCACCAGCAGACCCCCUAAUCUGCGGCUCGGCAUGGGCCUCCCCCUAAGUCGUGUUUAUGCCGAAUACUGGGCUGGCUCGCUGAACUUGCACAGUCUGGAAGGGUACGGCGUUGAUGCCUUUUUACAGAUUUCGAGGCUGGGCAAUAAGAAUGAGCAGCUCACAACAAGAGCUAGCAUGGACGCUGUUUAA